GCAGUCAGUCGGGCAUGAUGUCAAGAAUCUCUUUCUGGCUUUGUGCAUUUCUUUUUGCCGCAGGAUUUCUUGUAGAGAACACUCAAAGUUUCCUUACGGUUCCAGCGGUACAGCUGAGAGCUACAUCACAGCUGUCAACAUGCCACCCAGGCCCCGCAAGUCUCAGAGCUUGCUCAACCAAGACAAGGAUGUGUGCCAACGAUGAAGAGCCGCUUGUCCUCUCUGCAUAUGACCAGCUUGUUCUGAGCGUAAGAGCGCUGAGCACCAAGGAGAUCAAGCAGGAGCUGGUGACAAGGGGGGUGUCGUUCAAUGAUUGCUUCGAGAAAGAAGAUCUUGUUGCUCGACUUGUGGAGGCUCGCCUUCAGCUCGCGGCCGAGGCGGUAGGAGAGGGAGAAGUGCAGGCAGAAGAUGAGAAGGAGGCUGGCGUGGAGUCUGCGGUGGAAGUUAAUGCCGAGGAGGCUCAACAGAACAAGAAGGAUUCGAGGAUCUUUGAUCCGGAGAUGAUGAAGAAUAUCAUGAGCAAGGACAAGAUUCAGGCUAUCCUUCAGGAUCAAGAGUUGUUGCAGGCCCUGCGAAAUCCGACGGUGACUUUCCGAUUCAUCCGCCAGCAUGUCUCCCCGCUCAUCUUCAUGCAGGUGAUGCGGAUGGCGCAAGAAGUUCUCAAGGUCCAGGCAGCGAUAGAGAAGGUGAAGAAUUUCAUGUCGAAGAAUUCGUGA